AUGAAUAUGUUGGAUGAUGAAGAUGACCAAAGCUUUCACGCUACGCGUGACGGCUACUCCCAUUUGAGCGAUGUCGAAUGGGAUGCGGUUGAACGAAUGGGUUCGACCAUGGGCAUCCAUGCUGUUAGCGUCAUGCUAGAGGCUCUCAAUAGAGAUGCCCAACAUGCUACUAUCGCCAAGUUCAUUCAAAAUGAACUUGACGCAGAACGCGAGAAAGUAGCCUUGCUUCACCAACAAGGUUCUCAACAAGCAGAGUUGUUGAGAGAACAAGGUGCUCAACAGUUUGAACUGUUGAGACAGCAGCAGGCUGCUGCUGGCGGGUCGAUGCACUCGCGUCGGCCCGAGACUUUGAAGAUUGACAUCUCAAAGUAUAGGGGAGUCGAAGAGGACUCCCUCUUGAGAUGGUUCGUCCAAUUAGAUGACGCCAUAAGGGCGCGUCGCAUCGACGACGGGGAUAUGCAAGUUGCAUUUGCCCAAUCAAAUCUGGCAGGACGUGCCAAGACUUGGGCUUUAGGGCUCAAGUUGCACGCCCAUAUGCGUUUGGGUCGUUGGAAGUCUUCAAGUCGCGGCUCAGACAAACGUUUGAACUGCCUAGAGCUGAGUUCAGAGCUUUAA